AUGGUACUUCUUGCUUAUCCGUUGUUAAACACCGCAGCACCAUUAUCAUCUAAAUCAACUUUUAUGGAUCGUUCAAUAGGAAAUUCCAGUACUUGUCCAAUUGCACGUCCGAUUCCACUUAAUUCUAGUCAACAUAAUCAUCGAACUGUUUGUCCACUACCUAUUCGACCACUCAAUUCCAACAUUUUAUUACCGUUACUUCAACAAAAUGAAAAAUUUUUAUCAGCCUCAAGAAAAUCACAAGAAUUUUUUCAUGAAUCUAACGGAACAAAAUAUUUAAAUUUAUCAAUUAUAAAUAACAGUGGUAUCAAGAACAUUGAUUCAUUACAACAAUCUCACCCAUCAUCAAUAUGGGAUACUUCAGUAUCGUCCUCGCCGUCAAGUAUCAAACGUGAUUCACAGUGGCUUGAUCCACGAUUAAGAUCAUCACCAUCGACAUUAGAUCGUUUACAUACAGAAGCUUUGAUUCGUCAUAAAACAUUGCAAAUGCUUCAUACACGUUUUCCAUUAAAUAGUAUUGAUUUUCUUGCAUCAAUAACUGAAAAUUCACUUACAUCUCAUCUAGCAAAUAAAACAUCUACAUCAUUACCUCCAUUACAUCCCCACACAUUGGCAGCCAUACUCAACUCAUCGUCAUCAUCUUGCUCCUCUUCAUCUUCACUAAAUAACUCUUCUUCCAGUACAAACUCAUUGAAUUCAUCACUACAGUCGUCACCAAUCAAUGUACCGUUUAGUAAUCAGAAUACUCAAAAUUCAAAUAAUGAUAAAUGGUGGUCGGUCAAUGAACAUUCGUCGUUGUUCGGUUCUGUUACUCGACGAUGUAAACGUUGUCGCUGUCCAAAUUGUAUUAAUCAAACCGAUAUUGAUCCACAUACGAAACGUCAACAUAUUUGUCAUAUAUGUAAUAAAAUUUACGGAAAAACAUCACAUUUAAAAGCACAUUUAAGAUGGCAUGCUGGAGAAAGACCAUUUCGAUGUCAUUGGCUAUUUUGUGGUAAAGCAUUUACAAGAUCAGAUGAAUUGCAACGACAUUUGAGAACACAUACGGGAGAAAAACGAUUUCAAUGCCAGAGAUGUGUAUGUAUCACUUUUCAAAACUAUAAACCACUAAAAAAUGGUAAACGUUUUAUGCGAUCAGAUCAUUUAUCAAAACAUUCAAAAACACACGAAUCACCAAUAGCAGUAUCAUCACCAUCAACAAUAAUAGCUAAUGAUCGACAAAAUUUUCACCAUCAGACCGAAAAGAUUGAAAAUGCAUUAACAGCAGCAGGAUUUAAGCAUGAAAAAAUUGAACGCUUACAAAGUUUCAAAAAGGACAGUCCAGGUACAACAGUUAAAAUUACAUUUACUGAUUCGUUGGAUCGUGAUACAACUGUUCGUACUGGAAUACAUUUAGAACAUUUAAAUAUAAUAGCUGAACCAGCCAAAUGCGCCAGAGCACACAAUAGUAAAGACUGUGAUAAAGAUGACAAUCAAAUAAAGUGUAAAAACUGUGAAGAAAAGCGACUGAAAUCAACAACUGAGAAUUAUUCGUCUACGUCAUCUGAACGUACACGACCGUCGCCGACACCUAAUGUUAACGAUUAUCGUGCAUUUCCGUCAGCAGACGUUACAUGUCGUCAAAACUCGUCAUCUAUAUCGACUGUUGACAUUGUUGAAACUGUCUUUGAGAAAGUUAUAGCAAUACUUCAACCAACUCUCGAUAAAAUAUUAGAAAAAUUAGAAUUAACAACAACCACUGCACCACUAUCGUCUACUACUGAAACAGCUACAGAUCAGGACCAAAUGGAACUUGAUAAGUUUGAAACAGAAGAAUAA